CCUCGAGGCAACGGCUAGCGCCCCUUUCCCACACUGGAUGCUCGUUCGCCCGCCGAGUCCCGUUUACUCAUCACGCGCGCACGGUUCGCUGGCACGCGCUGUACUGCUGCUUGGCGAACGCACCCGAAAUGGUUUAAACAAGAAAAUCAAGCAUCCCAAAAACAAAGUGUACAAACCAUGCCAAGAAUGUAAAUAUAUUUGAAGAGUGGGUUGCAGAAUCCUUUCAGGUGAGAGGAAACUAUAGAACCUUCAGGAGGAGGUGUGAAUGGAGUCUGAAUACCUCAAGAGAUGCCUAGGAAUAUGCUUGGCAAAGGGACUUGCAGAAGUGGUAGAGCAUCGGCCCAUAGACCCAAUAGAGUAUCUGGCAUACUGGAUUUACAAAUACAGGAGAAAUUUAGAUGAAGAACAACAGAGGAAGCAGGAGAGGGCUGAACUUGAGCAAGAGCGUGAGGAGGCCCUGAAAGAACUGGAAAUGUUAGAAAAAAUGAAGGAAGAAGAACUCAUGUUCCAGCAGAAACUUGCAGAGGAGCAGCAGGCUCAGCUGGAACGAGAACAUGAGGAGGCUCAGCUGGAACUAGAAAGGGUAGAGAAAGAGAAAGCAAAAGAGCUGUCCUUGCAGCAAAAAGCUGAAGAGGAACCGGGGGAUAAAUCAAGGACAUUAGCUGAGCUUACAGAUAAAUAUGGAGCCCCUAAUUUGGCCCGAGUUGAGGAGAUAGAUGAGAGUGGGCAAUCUGACGCUGCACUGAAUCUCACGGCUGAAUCAGAGGAAGAAAACCCAACUGAUAUGAAAGUCGAUUCCUGAAGUUUAGUGACUUACUGUAAUUGUGUAUUUAAUAUAUGGAAUGAAUUUAUCAGUGAUACCUGGGGGUUUGAGAGUUAGAUAACAAAAUCUUUUAAGGCAGCUAAUUUAAGGCAAAUAUCAUAAAAAUAAAAAUCAUUCAAAUUCUGGGAAAAACUGAUUUGACUUGCUACUGAUUACUAAUUCAUUUAGUGUUCUAUGCAUCAGGUUGUAAAUACUGUACCUAGAUUCAAUGGAACCAGGAGAGACAAUCUCUUCUAAAGCUGAUACACUGAAUUCCACGUAGUUCACCAAAUAAGACACUUUCAGACAAGUAUCCCAAAACCUAAUAUCCUGACUGGCCUUCAUGAAUAUUAAAUAUUAAUGCUCUAGAAGUAAGCUUAGGGAUUCAUCCUGAUGUAGUUGUCCAAAAAUUCUCCUCUUCUCAUUUAUUAGAUUGGUUACUGCUUCCAUCCAGAACUAGUUACAUUUCAUUAGUGGAAGAAGUGAUUCCUGGAUGUACACUGUUUUAUAAUAAAGGUCUUGAUCUGAGUUCUCUAGGAUCAAUGGGGUUACUCAUGUAUUGAAAAUUUUACAGAUGCUUAAGUGCUUUGCUGUAUGUGGGCUACAGUGUUCAGUACCUUGUAGGAUAGAGUCCAAAAUGCUUUCAAAUGAAAGGUGCUAUCUAGAAUAUUAAAUGAGAGUUGUUAUCUGAUGAAUUCUUGUUAGUAAUGGACAAACCUCAAAAGGUUUUGAAGUUCACUUCAAAUAGGCAUCAGAUAAUCAUCAUAUCUGAACUUAGCCUGAUUUCCUGACCAAAGAGAUUUGCAAAAUUCUCUGGUUUUCUCCUGGCCAAAAAUUCCACAAUUGUGGUAUUUUUUUCUAUAUUUCAUUACUUAUAUUCCCAGUUGAACCGAGCAAGUGCUGAUGUGUCCAUUUAAAAAACAAACUAUAAAACCUUUACAAAAUUC